GGAGGGAAAGAGCGUGCAUGGAGAGAGAGAGAGAGAGAGAGAGAGAGAGAGAGAGAGAGAGAGGGGUUGCUCCUGCAGUUCCUCCUCUUAGUCUUACACCAGCAGUCUGUGUUUUUCCUCCUGCGCUGUGGUGAAGCUCCAUCAGGUUGUGACAGUCAUGUUGGCGGUGUGUUUGAGGCUGCUUUUGCUCCUUCCCCUGGUUUGCUGUGUCCCCUCCCCCUCCAGGCCUCCUUCCAGACUCUGCAGGCGGUGCUGCGACCACCACUCAGAGCCGCCAGCAGCCACGGCCCAAUAUCAGAUGCCUGAGGUCCGCACUAUCAUCAACAUGACCAUCCUCAAAGGUGAUAAAGGAGACAAAGGCGACAAGGGUACACCUGGCAAACCUGGCGUAGAGGGGCCUGUCGGCUUCCGAGGACCCAUGGGCCCUAAAGGCAGCAAAGGCCAGGCAGGUGCCCCUGGAGACGCCUGCAAGAUCCCUCACUCUUCGUUCUCGGUGGGACGUCGCAAAUCCCUGCACAGUGUGGACUACUACCAGGCGCUGGUGUUCGACACGGUGUUCGUCAACAUCCACGAGCACUUCAACAUGUUCAAGGGCAAGUUCUACUGCUACGUGCCGGGGAUCUACUUCUUCAACAUUAACAUCCACACCUGGAACUUUAAGGAGACCUACCUCCACCUGAUGCACAAUGACAAGGAGCAGGUGAUCCUCUACGCUCAGCCCAGUGAGAGGUCUAUCAUGCAGAGCCAGAGUGUCAUGCUGAAUCUGGCUCUAAAUGAUGAGGUGUGGGUUCGACUCUACAAGAGGGAGAGGGAGAACGCCAUUUACAGUGACGACGUGGAUGUUUACAUCACCUUUAAUGGAUACCUGGUGGCACCUAGCAUCCAGUGAAAAUGGUUGAGAGGGAAUAAUGAGAGGAGUGGCAGAAUCUCUGGGUCGGAUUAUUUGGUCUUUGUGCCACGGAUACUGCUUUAUGCCAAGAAAGGUGAACUAGACCAAGGACAUUACAAGUUUGGUGCUUAUUAAUUAUUCCUUUCAGCCUGGAAGGGAACAUACUGUGCUUUCUAAAAUGAGGACUGCCCAAAAUAUAUUAGAAUCAAACGGAGCAAUAAAAACAGAAAGGUAGCAGAGCACACAAUUAGGAAAGAAUGUUGAAUUACUUCCUUUGCACUAGAAAUACCCUUUUUGUACAAAGUAAAUAUUUUUUCCUACUUCUGUGCUGUGCUACUUUCACCUCUUGGAUCACUACUUUCAGGGACACAAGUUGUAUCACUCAUCAGGAGUCGUAAAUCUGUGCAAUCAAUCAUGUAUUCGUACCAUGGUGCUUCUUAACAGGUAUGUAAGUAGUAGUACCAGUUUCUGUCUUAUUAAAAUGUGUUUGGACAGACUGCUGUCAUACCUUUAACAAAUGUUGCCUUUGUGCCUUUAAGAAGAACACUUAGAUUCAAAGGGUUAGUUCACAGAAAUUGCAAAAAUAUUGAAAGCCAAAAGGCUCACAUUUCAUCUCAGAUUCUCUGAGAUUUAAAGUAUUGUUUACGCCACCAGGCAUUUAUCGUUCUAAUUGCCACCAGGCAUUUAAUAAGCACUACUAAGCAUUUGUAAACGCUUCCUAGAAGAAUGGAGGCUGUUAUAGCAGCACAUUAACUCCCAUUGUCUGAGUUUGAGAUGCUCGGUAAUCACAUAUUUCUAAGAUUCUCAGGUGUCACAUACUUUUGACCACAUGGUGUAUAGAUUGGUUAUACGCAAUGGUUAGAAACGUAUCUUCUGUCAGCAGUAUCUGUUGUCCAGUCGGCUAUACAGAAGUAAUGUUGGUGCAAGAGGUCAAAAUAAGACAUUUUAAUUUAUUGAUAUAAAUUAGUAUUUUAGAAUGAUCAUUUAACAUUUGUUCCUUGGACCACAUUACUAUUAUGUUGCUGCUCUUUUUAACUGGCUCCUUGUCAGUUCAUAGCUCAUCGUGCUGCUGCCAGUGUUGAUGACCACAUUUUGGAUCAGUUCUGAUUAUCGACUGGUCUUUUUGGAAUGAUUCUGUCUGUGCUAAAGUCCUCUUCAUGUAGGUCUUUUCUUUCUAUUUUGAAAAUGAAUUGAAUUGACAAGUUGGGUGAACUAUUUUUUGAACACAUGAAGAACUCCAAAGCCUGGUAGUGCAUGUUGCAAGUUUGACGUGAGGAUGCUCCUACUGUAUUUGUCCUUCAUGAGUUCAGGUGUGAGAAAAAGCUGGUAUUGACUGAUUGUCUGCAUGGCUUGCAGUUCAGGUUUUAUUUUAUAGUUAAGAAGUUCGAUGGCAACAUACAUAGUCUAAAACAACAAAUUAAACAAUUAAUCCUUCCUGUGUUACAUACAGAUAUCACUGUCUACAUUUUUCACUGGGACUAUUUUCUACUAAGAAGAUUCUUGAGUGGAACCUCUAAAACCCCAAUUAAAUAAAGCCAAAAUCAUUUGUAUAGCUAGGGUUAAGGCGGGAAAAACUUUUUUUGUUAUUUUUUGUGAACUGACCCUUUAAACACAUAUAUCCCAACAUAUCAAAAUGAAACAUAAGGGUGCUUCAUUACUAAAUGCGGGAACGCAUUAUGGUUUUGACAAUUAAUAUACAAAUACUUAAAACUGCAGAGCAGUUUAUGUAAAUAGCUGUAUUAUAGCUGUCUUUAUAGCCAAAAUCUGUGCUACCACUCAUGCUGUUGGGGCUGGACUGUGUAUGUGUGUGUUUGUACUUGUAAACAGUAUUUCUUCCUUCACUAACCAAGUCUCUCUUUGUUCUGUAUCACUGAGCAACAUUUGACACUUGAUUAUGAAAAAUUAAACAUUUUCAGAAUUUCACAUGAAA